GCCCGCGGCUGCCGCAGUGGGCCGGGCCCCAGGCCGCCCCGCCCGCCGCCACGGCGCUGAGGGGGGGGCUCGUCGUCGAGGCUUGGCGGCCGGGCGAUGUCGGCGUUGGAGUGGUUCGCCCACAAGCCCCUGGGCGGCGGCAUCUUCUGGAUCCAAGAGCGCUUCUACGAGUCGGGCAACCGGGCCAACAUCUGGCUGGUGCGGGGCUCACAGCGGGACGUGGUGAUCGACACGGGGCUGGGGCUGCGCAGCCUGCCCGACUACCUGCGCGCCUCCGGGCUGCUGGAGCCGCCGGAGGGAGCCGGACCGCGGCCGCUGCUGGCCGUCGCCACCCACGUCCACUUCGACCACUCGGGCGGGCUGCAGCACUUCGAGGAGGUGGCGGUGCACAGCGCCGAGGCGGCGGCCCUUCUCCGCGGCGAUAACUACGAGGCCGUCACCUGGCUGUCGGACCGGGAGGUGGCGCGGCCGCCGCGGCCCGGCUGGCGAGCACGGCACUUCCGCGUCCCGCCCGUCCGGCCCACCCGCCUGCUGCAGGAGGGGGAUGUGAUCAGCCUCGGAGACCGACAGCUGACUGUCAUGCACAUGCCUGGUCAUUCAAGAGGCAGCAUUUGCUUACACGACAAAGACCGGAAGAUAUUGUUCAGUGGAGAUGUGGUGUAUGAUGGAUCCAUGAUUGACUGGCUUCCCUACAGCAGAAUAAGUGACUACGUUGCAAGCUGCCAGCGCCUGAUGGAGUUAGUGGACAGAGGUCUCGUGGAGAAGGUACUACCUGGGCACUUUAACAUAUUUGGGGCAGAAAGGCUGUAUCGGUUAGCUUCCAACUACAUUUCACAAGCUGGAGUUUGUCACAAGGUUUCUACUUGUGCCAUGAAAUCCAUUGCAAGCGUAGUACUUCGUGUUGCAAAUUCGAGAGUCACUUCUUAAUGACAGUGCAUUUUGCGUGAUCUAUUCCCUGUUGAAAAACCAAACGGCUUGUGAAAGUGUUGGUACAAGCAAAAGCAGUAUACAUUAGUAAAGAGCUGGCAAAUUGAUUCAGAUGAGCUGCAAAAAAUUCUCCCUAUUUUUGCCUACUUUAUUCCUAUUUUUAUAAAAAGGAUGUAAUCUAGUAGCGUUUGCCAAAGCUACUGUUUUUCUUUUUAUUGCACAUGUACUGUGAUUGAAAUAUAUUGUUUUAUUUUUGUUAUGAUUCUGACGGAUACAUAUAUGCUGAAGGAGGGUAGAUUUAGAUGUUAGGAAGAAAUCCUUCCCUGUGAGGGUGGUGAGGCCCUGGCACAGGCUGCCCAGAGAAGCUGUGGCUGCCCCUGGCUCCCUGGCAGUGUUCAAGGCCAGGUUGGAUGGGGCUUUGGGCAACGUGGUCUAGUGGAGGGUGUCCCUGCCCAUGGCAGGGGGUUGGAACUAGAUGGGCUGUGAGGUCCCUUCCAACCCAAACCAUUCUAUGAUGUAAUAUAUGCCAAAAUAAUGUUUUACAUUCAUGCCUGAAAACUUUUUGAUGUAGCACUCGGUUUGUGACUAUUCACUCAAGUCCUGCUCAGGUUUUGGCCUAACAGAGCUCGCGCUAAGACCUGCUGUGUGCUGGGAGCAGCGCCCUUGGGUCAAAGCAACAACAGGACUCGGGCAAAAGAGAGAAGGGCCAUUCUGCCGCCGUUGUCACCUGCACUCAGUGUCUGCUGCACCCAUCAUCGCCUGCGUCGUUGCAAAGCAGCUGUCUGGUAGUUCCUUUAGAAUCCACUAAUGUAUGGAAAAACUAUAGACCAAACUCACUCAAAAAGCUUUUGAUGCAGAUCCACAGCAGACGGACUGCUGAGGCCUUUCAUGCUUCCUGGUGUGGUGCAGGGGAUGCCCACACCAUGAAAGGAGCAGGAAUGAGCACUCUCACCAUCAGCCAAGGAACUGUUUUGCUGAAAGGCUUGUGAGUUAGGAAUUAGAGAAUUUGUGAACUAAUGAAUUAAUGUGUUAGACUAGUCUGUACAAAGUGGAUUGAGCCCUUGCCUGAUGUGUUUGGUUUUUUUUCCGAUGAGUUCAUAAAAAAAAAUAAUUUUACAGAGUAUAUUGUUCUGUAAAUAUGAGAGAACCAGACUGUGACAAGCUUAAAGGUUUUAUUUGUGUUUAAGAGUAUUUUUAUGUGACUGGAUUGUAAUUUGGUUGUUAAUGCUCUGUGGUGGGGGAAGGAUGGAGGCUUUAACAUGACCUUACCCUACUGCAGGUGCUGGAUUAAACAGCCAGUACACUUGUUACCACACAGUGGCCGUAACUUGAACUGUUUACUGUUUGCUUAUGAGGUGUUUGGUGCAUAUGGCUUUUCUGAAAAGUGCAUUGCAUUUGACUCUGUUCCCAAAAAAGUUGAAUACAUUGAAAAAUGCUAAAUGACAUUGUAACUUGCUUAUGAAAAUUGAAUGUGUGAUGUUUAAACACUGUUGAAAUGGUUAAAGUUUGUGUAAUUAUAUCUAAGUCUAUAUAUUUAACUUUUUUAAAAGGACACUGUCUGAUGUUAUUUUUGUACAUAGACAUAUCUACUUUCCUAAAAAAAGUGCAAAUGUUUUUCCCAAAUUUUAGUGGAGUUUAACCUUAUUUCUUUGGCUUUCACUUUAUGGGGAAGCUUUCUUUCCCCCCUCUCAUCAUACCCAACGGAAAGGGAGCCCAUAGUUUGGGCUCUGUCUUGGGCACGGGGGAGUGGAAGUUGAUCGUCUUCUCAAUAGGUGUAAAUUCUGGUGAAAACAACAGUUACGAAAUAAAAAGCAUCUUUGUCUAUCAAUUAUGAAAGAUAAUAUCUUACAGAAUACUUUUCUCCUUUCACAGAUCACUGUAAUCAUGCCUUUACUAUUUGAAUACAUUCUUCACCAGGAUUUGUACUGAUAGGUUGUGACAUGCCUACUUCUUGUUAGCAGUGCCUGUCUCCAAGCUGAAGCAAAAUUCUAAGUGGGCAGGACAGGCAUAGCAGUGCAGCACUUGAAAGACCUGUUAUCACUCAGAUCAUAGCCUCUUUUUUGGAGAAAUCCAAAUAUGUCUGUACUACACGAGGAGUGGUUAAUCAGUGGAUAGACUUCUCUUAUAAAUGAAGCUAGGAGCUUUUUGUCUCGGCUUCGUUUGGCCAGAGGAAGAAAUACAAAAGGUUAGCCUGGGAAGCAAAAAAGCCACUCAAUGAAGAGGCCCGUAAUAAACUCCACAGUGUGGUUUUCCUUUGUAGCCUGCUGACACGUGCUGCUGUUUACGCAGCAGUCCAGACACUGUUCUUGAUAGCCAGGGGUUCACAAUGGGCAAUCACAGAUCUGAGGUGGCAAGUGGGAAAGUCAGAAUGGCUGAAGAAAUACAGCUUACACCAGUUAUCCAGAUAAAGCAAUGGUGUCACCAGUUACCCAUCAGUAAUUGAUAGAACUCCUUCAAAUUAGCAAUCUGUAGCAUAAACCCAGUACUAGUCUUGCUCUGUGCUUUUUGAAGGCUGUAGGAGCGCUGGUGAUAGCCCCAUGCAAUAAUGCAGAGAGACCUCUUCUGUCGUAAUGCCUGCCAAUAUGUUUGCCAGUUGCUAAAAUUUUGCAAAUGUUCAUUAGGAGAUCAAGCUGAAUUAGCAUUCUGUGUAAUACCACUAUGGGUUUGUUUAUUUGAUCCAAUAUUAGAAGCCCUCUAGCCAGAUUUUACUGUUGUAAAACUUGAGCUCCUAAGAGAAGGCUCACAGCCACGCCAAUUCAAAAGGAAAGAUAUCCUCUGUCAUUUAGGUCUGUGCGCAGGAUCAGCUGCAAGAUCCUUAAAUGUCCAGAUCACUGUUUAAAAUGCCCUGUUAAGCCAUGCCUAAGUCCAUGAAGUAUAUGUAGGUAACUGCAGUUGCCCAGGUUUUUUUCCUUGACCAAAAUCUAGGGAAUAAUUUCCGAGCUCAGAAGUGAGCUUUAUGUGAACACAGCCCAAAAUGGGGUGUGUUACUAAACUGCUGCUAUAAUCCAGUUGAAAGUAGUUCUUGAGGGUCUCAAAAUUAUUUUUGUAUUACAAGAAAUUCACUACUAGGUAAAUGAUAUGUCUUAAGUAUAAAGAACUGUCUCUGACUAUUUUUGUUAAGUUACCAAGUUUUAGUCAUGAAAGUUUGACAGUGUCCCUUUAACACUACUUGGAUUAAAUAUUUAAAACAUGCAUUGUAAGUUUAAAUAUUGCAACAUCUUGGGCAUUUACAACUGUGUACAUUUAUCUGUAAAAUCUAAAUGUAUGUUAAUGCAGUUUUCAGUAGACUGGGGAACUGACAAAAAAUCAGAAGGGAAAUUUUGCCCUGUAAUCUGUCAAGACUUUUGUGAUGUUAAACAACAGUUUUUAUCAUAGAUAAUCAUAAUAAAAAGUUAUAAUCCUAUGC